UGCACCUCGUAUCCGUCAGGCAUUAUGCACAGCCCGCGGUGAUGGUGUGAGCAGAGCGACCACGGAUCAAACAGCAGCGGCCGCAGUCAUGGAGCGAGAGCGGAUUACUGGACGGAUGUAUAGCAGAGAGCACCACGGUCGAGGAUGGGUGGUCAGACUUCUGCUCCUCUGCCUUAUACAGCAUCUCCCUGCUGCCUUCGGCACUGACUUAUUUGUAGCUGUUUCUCCUGGAGCGACUGCCACACUGCCCUGUGAUGGACCUGCAGUUAAUGACACCAAUGAAGUUGAGGUGGUGUGGGAGUCUAAAGGCAUGACUGUCUCUUCGUUUAAAAAUGGGACUUUGUGUGAACAUCCUGACUUUGUAAAUCGGACUCAGCUUGGAUCCAUCCAACAGAAUAAUUUCUCUUUGGUCAUUAAUGAUGCCAGACUGCAGGAUGGAGGGUGGUAUAAGUGUCUGAUCAAUGGAGCAAUAACGCAGUGGAAUCACCUUUCUGUUGGAGGAGGCCGGAAGCAAAGGGAUGCAGAGACCUCAUCUAAAGGGAAUCUUGUUUGCAAACCGUAUGAAGACAAAGACAAAGAAGUUCCUGAUGAAAACCCUCCAGAGAUCCCUUCAAGUGGACACCCAGUAAAUUGGACUGCUGUGAUUGCUCUGAUUGCUGUAAUCAUUCUGAUUGCUGUAUUUGCUGUGAUCAUGGCAAAUGCUAGGAAGCUGUCCAUAAGAGGGAACCGGCAAAGGAAUGAUGUGUAGGCCAAUUUCACACCAUCUCCUGGAAUUUCUCCGUUUUAAUAAUGAAGUCGUGCUGAACGAGUCUGACAUGUGACAGUAAUAUUACAUGCACUGCUGGCCAAAAAAAGUCACACACCUUAAUAUUUUGUUGGACCGCCUUUAGCUAAUUGUCUUUUUAAACCUACCUCAACUUGCUCUGUUAAAGUAAGUUGUCCAUGAAGGGCCGCCACCUCUUGGGGCGCCGUGGGAGCUGGGGGUUAAAGGCCUUGCUUAAGGACCCGCAGACGUGCUGAGGCUGGGUUUGAACCGACAUUUGGUUUAGCCCACACGCUGCCCCCCAACAGAAGGGUUAGAAGAGAAGGCAUUUUCAGGGACCAGCAGGUUUUUACUCGUUCAUUGUUUGUACUGUUUUGCACUGUAUACGUCUUUCUAUUCUGUAUACUUUCUUACUGUAGUUUCCUCUUAGCAUUAAUGACGUUUAUCUACUUUUGACCAGGAUGUUGAUUGACUUAUGAGCUGAUUUAGGUUCCCAAGAGCUGUAAUGUGUAAUGUGUUGAUGUCGGUCCAGCAUUAGAGAUCAGAUUCAGGUUGUACAGAGAGCCUGAAUGUGUCUGACUACGUCUGGUUUUCUGGCAAGAGGUCUGUAGCUAUUGACUCUGCAGACAGUUUCUGCAAACUGCUUUGGUGUAAAUGAAAUUAUCCAGGCCACCAUCUAUCGUAUCGAUAGGAACAUGUCCCAAUGUUGUCAGGCAUGCAUACAAGCAUGUGAGGGUUGUCCUUUUAUUGUUAGUUUUUAUUUAUUAUUUAAUACUGUGAGUGAAUGUAAUCAGCACAGUGUUGUGAAGAUGUAAACAAACUCAGUGUUAGUUUUCAUUUUCUCAACUGCACCUUAUGUUAACCUCAACGUUUCCGUAUGUUAGUAUGAAUGUGCCUUAUACAACUCAGCCAGUAUGUUGAAGCCCAAAGAAUACAAUAUGGUUUAUAUAGCUAAGCAACAUGUUGCCAGCUGAAAUUGCCAAAGACUGCUGCUGUUGAUUAUUGAGGAAACACCUGAAUUCUCACAGUAAUUUAGGGCGUCUUGCCUGGGUCUCUAUUGUAAUGUCCUUGGCUGGUUUUGAUGCUUGUAUAAAAAUCAGUGUUACUGACCACUGGGACAUUGGACAAGUGUCCAGUCUUGAAUGUAACCUACAUGAAUGCAAUAAAAGACUGACUGUGGAAUUCUACACAAGUGACUUCCGACUC